GUAAUCACUGAGAGGCCACCAAGGCUGGGUGUAGGUCAUAUUUAGUGUGAAUACGUUGUUGAAGCAAGAUUAAAAUGCUCUCUGUGCAGCACAGUUUAUUUGUCCGAUGGUCUUUAGCUUUACUUUUGAGCUUUUUUGUACUGAUGGACAUCUGCAGCCUACAACCAGAGGGUGAAGAGUUAAACGGGUUUGCUGCGUGGAAUGAUGCCAGGCUGGUGGAUGGAGACAGCCGCUGUUCCGGCAGGCUGGAGAUGAAGAAUCAGAGCCAGUGGAGAACGCUGAUCUUCAGCAAUAGGGACGAAGAGGACAAUGUCUGGUAUGGAGAAGUGGCAUGCAGGCAGAUGGGCUGUGGCUCUGCAGUUACCAUAACGCAAAUCGAACACAAAACAGAUCAACCGACAUGGGAGAUGAACUUCUCCUGCGAGGGUACCGACUCCACCCUGAAGGAGUGCAGGAAACCUAUAAGACAAAGAUAUACGGAGGAGAUGUUUAACUCUACCUACAUUCUGCAGGUGGUCUGCUCAGAGUCUGUGAGGCUCUUCACCAUAUCAAGACACUGCUCCGGCAUCGUGGAGGUGAAGUCUGACCAGGGUUGGGUUUCGGUGUGUGAGGAGGGCUUCGACUCGGAGACUAAGAAGUUGUUCUGCAGGGAGCUCGGCUGUGGGAAUCCAGGGCAGUUUUGGGGGUCACCUGUCAAAAGAGAAGGAACAGCUGUAACCAAACAAUUCCAGUGCAAAGGCAAUGAGUCUCACCUGGAGGACUGUGUCAGCUCAGUGAGAAGGAACUGCAAACCAGUAGCUGGAUUACAAUGCUCUCAAGGAAACGCUAUGAGGCUGGUGGGAGGAGAGACUCCCUGUAGAGGCAUACUGGAGGGACAGCACAAUGCAGAGUGGAGGCCUCUGACAAGCCCUUGGUAUUCCCAUGAAGUAGGAUAUCCCAAUGUUUGUGAGAAGAUAGGAUGUGGAAAUUUAAUCUCAUUGUCAGACAAUCAACUUCCAAAUUAUCACCCCAUGUGGAUGGUGACAAGGACAUGUUACGAUGAUUCUUCAUUUUGCACGAGUUGGGAUGGGCUACAUUCGAACUCCAACGUGGCUGUGUCUUGUACAGAGGGAGUGAGACUAGUAGAUGGAUCCAACAGAUGCUCAGGCAAACUAGAGGUGAAGUCUGGACAAUCGUGGCGUCCAGUUUGUGAGUCUUUCCUCACUGCGGAGACAGUAUUCGUCACCUGUAGAGGGCUGGAGUGUGGUUUCCCCCAUGAAUAUUUUGGACAGCGGGAUCCUGGCAGCUUUGCAGAAAAUACAGACUUCACCAUGAUUCCCAUCUUUAACUGUUCAGGAACAGAGAAGCAUCUUAAAGACUGUCCCUCCACAGUGAUCAAUGCCACAGCAGAGGUGAUGGGUUCAUGCUUUGAAGCCAGAAUAAAAUGUAAAGGACAUCCACCUUCACCAAGCAUCAUGUUUUAUACUGGGCACGGCUCAAAGUCUCGGUCUCCACUGAAGGUUUUCCAGGGCCAUGGCUUUGCUGUCUCCUGCUCCAGGAAUUCACCUUACAGCAUUCUCUCCUUCCGCCUGACGUUAGCAGAUCAGUCAGUGCAGAUCCAGUCUCCUGUUGACCAGGAGGCCAUCUUCAUCUUUCCUGCUGCUGAAAAGACACAUCAAGGGGUGUACCGGUGUGAAUACAACUUAAAGGCCAGUCCAGACGUUUUCUCAGAGCCGGCAUAUGUCUCUAUUAGCGUGCAAGAGAACAACAAUUUGAGGCUGGUGAACGAGGAGAGUCGUUGUGCUGGUAGACUUGAGCUGGAGCAUCAGAAGGAGUGGAGGCCAGUGAGCCACCGUCACUCGUGGAGCCUGAAGGAAGCGGCUGUGGUGUGCAGACAGCUCGGAUGUGGCUCUGUCUUCUCCACCCGUACAGUUGAAGAGUCCCCUGAACUUCAGCCUAGGUGGCGAUUUUAUUCAGACUGUGACGGCUCAGAAAGCGCACUGAUGAGCUGCGGGAUGGUGAGGAAGUGGCCCUCUUCCUCUACAGUGGAAGUUUUCUGUUCAGACAUCCUGCUUCAACCAGACAUUUCUUUUUUCUCCAUAAUGAGUGACGAAGCUGACAACAAGUCACAGACGGCUGUGCUAUACAAAGGCUACAGCUUCACCUUCACCUGCUCUGUGAAGCCACAGUACCCUGGAGGUUACUUCAGUCUCAUCUUUAACCAAACUAAAAGCAUCACCAAACCAGCUUCCAAUCACUCGGCACACUUCAUGUUUCCAGCUGCAGACAAGGCUAACCAAGGGAACUACAGCUGUGUUUAUCACAACUUUAUCUUUAAUAGCAACUUCUCUUCUGAGAGCCAGACCUUCUCUGUCACUCUUGAAGAUGAAUCUAUCAACGUGAUUUUGGACGAUGGCGUGCUCAGAGAGGAUGACAGCAAGCCCUGUGCUGGUAAAGUGCUGGUGAGCUUUGAGGAUGAGAUGAUGCUGCUGAGUGCGGAGACAACAGUGUGGAACCUGAAACAUGCAUCAGUGGUGUGCAGACAGCUGGGCUGUGGUUCUGCUGUUGCCACCAAAGAGAUCAAACUUCCCCAUAAAAAAUUAAUGGCACGAUUCUUCUCUGACUGUGAUGGGUCUGAGUCUGCACUGCUUGACUGUGGGACUGUGCUGCCAUGGUACUCAUCCUCUGCUGUUGAGGUUGUCUGCACAGGCCAUUAGGAUGGAGCAGACAAGGACUGAAGACGUGUCUGUGAGAACCAGAGAGGGUCUUCAAAAUAUCCGGCGGAGAUGAAAAGAUGCAACACACGAACAAUCUCUAUUUUUACUUUUUUGUAUAGAAAUUUUCCUGUUAGUCAUGCUUAGUGGAGGUUUCUUAAAUGUGAAAAACAUAAAAUUAUUUGUAGCUGCACUCCUUCGUUUCCUGAAAACAAAGGCACAUAAAGUUACAUAAAUGUUUUUAUAAAACUA